CUUCUGCAUUGAGCUUGAUAACGAUCGUUUGAAUCGGGUGGAUCAAUCCUUGGCAUGAUGUGGUAAAAUGCAGAUAUUUUUCCCCCCACAAAAUGUUGAUCAAAAUAUCUUGCUGAAUGAUUUUUCAGGGCAGUAGCUUAGAUAAGCCUCAGCGAGAGUGACAGUUACUGGGUCAGGACACCUGAACCGGGCUUUGCCGCUCAGUAGUGUUGUCUUACAGAGGCCUCCAUGUUGCCAAGCAGCGACUGAUAACAUUGCCGGUGAGAUCAGGUUGAACCAGCGACCAUCCGACCUCAUGGACGGCCUCGCUUCUAUGUGAGUCAGGCGGUUGCUUCAGUUCGCUCGUGAGAGAGGAAUAUGGACCUCAGAGGCGAGCGUUUGAUUGUUUAGAGGGAUGUUUAGGAAGAUCGCCCAUGCGUUCCGUUCCAAUCAUCACUGGGAAAGAGAGCGAGAUGAGUUCGGGCCGGAGUACCACAGCGCCUGCACAGUCAAGCUGGUCCGCAGCACCUCCGUGCUGGUUGUGGGAGAGAGGACGCGGUCUUGUGAAGGCGCCACGUUGAAACGAAGCAAGAGCACCCUGAGUGUGGAAUCCACUUUGUACUACUACCACAGGCAAGAGGACCGCGUGUGGCUUCACUCCCACGAGCAGAACUGUCUGGAGUAUCUGCGAGCGCUGGUGGCUCUGCGGCGGCGCUACACAAAGAGUGUGAGCGACUUGAACAAUGCCGACGUCAAAGCCGCGGUGUCCUCCGAGAAGAACGAGCCGCUUCCGGCACGGCCAAAAAACACAGUCUCUCGAGCCACUCCCUCGGCACCGCCCGUGCCCACCGUGGAAGACACGCUGCAAUUUCUAGAUGAGGUGAUUGCGAGCUGUGACAGUGAACCUCAGCGUAAACCUUACUUGGAUGACGGCCAUGACGACGUGGACUUUAUAGUGGCAUCUAGCUCAGCAGAACAUGACCUCCACUCCAACUGGGUCUUGAGGGUUCCUCGGGUGGUAGGUGACACCAACAGUCAGCAGGAGGAGGUUCAUGUCCAUGCCAACAAAAAAAAACUCCAGAAAAACAAGAGCGGGUCAACCAGCAGUAGGUUGCGCCUGCAGAGGAACCCCAUCCAUUUGCCCAAAGUGGUGGAGAGCGCCCUGCAGACACUUCGCUUCAAGUCCAAAAAGUCCUGAAAUUGCUCAAGACAAUUAGGAUUGACACUCAUUUGAAUGGUAAGAGAACGUUUUCUUUUUAAAUGAACUCAAGUGCCGGCGCCAUCGCGGAAAACUGUUACUAGUAGAAUGGAACUCGGACCAAAUAUUAACGUCUGACUUGUUUGAUUGUUGGUGGCCGUAUUGAGCAUAAAAAAAAACAGACGGUGUCACAGUAGCAACUUCACAGCUCCCUCUGCUGGAUGCAGUGGGUUAUUAGUUCAUGUAGCGCCAAUGCAAGUUGUAACCAUUUUUAAUAUUCUAAGACAAGGCGGACACUCAAAAUUCGAUUUGACUCUGUGACAAUAAUGUAUUUCAGGGGCCAUUUGGUAAAAAAAAAAAAUGUACCGU